AUGCCUACCAGAAUUUUGGAUAUCAGCGAACAGGAUCCACUUCUGGUUGAGUCUGCCAAAAUUCCUCUUUGUGAAUACGUGGCUUUGAGCUAUUGCUGGGGAAACCCCAACAAGCAUCGCACACUCCGUACGAUGACCUGGAAUUAUACUCAAUAUCAGGCUGGAAUUGCGUUCACUGCUUUUCCAGCAACAUUGCGAGACGCCAUUAGUCUUGCAAGAACGCUUGGCUUCAAGUACAUCUGGAUCGAUGCGCUGUGUAUAAUCCAAGACGACCAUGACGACUGGACUAAAGAAGCUGCCAAUAUGUGCAGAAUAUAUUCGGAAGCAUCACUGACCAUCGUAGCAAGCAGGUCGAACGGCUCAGAUACCAGUAUCUUUGGAACACAGAAAUUUUCUCAAUUUGAUAUGGUGUUGUACAGAGGCUUGCAGCUCAAGGAAGCUGUCCUUUCCAACCGUUCUGUCCAUUUCACAAGUGAUGAGCUUCGUUGGGAGUGUAAUACCUGGCGUCAUUGUCAAUGCGGUCAAAUGUCUAAGAAGUUUCCGCUGAGUUAUGAUCCAGAAUACGUCGAAUACGAGAGUUAUCGACUUUGGCGUGUAGCUGAGAUAUUCCCUGCCACUUCCAUCUUGGAAGCCUAUGUCAUCUGGCGAGGUCAUAUGGUUUACUACACAAGUAGAAUGUUGACAAAAGAUUCAGAUCGACUGGUGGCAUUGUCUGGACUGGCACAGAGAUUCUCUAUGGUGAUGCAAGAAAAGUUCCUAAUAAAGGACGCCUAUCUAGCUGGUUUGUGGAGAGGUGGUUUGCCAGAACAGCUUUUGUGGUUUGUUGAGCUAAGAAAGUUCUCGGUUCUACGUGGUCGUCGACAUGAUCGUCCUUCGGAGUGGAGGGCGCCAAGCUGGUCAUGGGCUUCAAUGGAAGCGCCGAGCAACUAUCUAAGCAGCCUCAUUGAGGAACAGCGAUUGGAAAUAAUCGAGGCAACCACAGAACCACUCAAUGCUGACCCAUUUGGCCAAGUCAAGUCAGGCAGACUGAAAGCUCGGGCACGUAUCCUUCACAACAUUAGAUUCAUACCAAGUUCUCAGUCGAACUCCGGCAGUCGUUUCCCACUAGUCAAGUGGUGUGGCCUUGAUCUGCGAGUGAAUACUUCGUACUUCGACGAUGAUCGAGGAGACGAGACCGACGAGUAUCUCGGUGAUCCGAACCUCGAGAUUAGUCUUCUUGUGGUUGGCUACAGCAAAAAGAACGAUUUACACGAAUGUCUUGCGCUUAUCCCUGUAGUUGGGAGAAUAGCGACGUACGAGAGAAUCGGCUUGAUUAGACUUGGUCAACAUUUUAGAGAGCCGGCAGAGAACGCCGCAGCUAUUGCGGAUGCUCCAAUAGAAACGGUUACACUUUUCUGA